AUGACAGAAUUAUUAAGACAAGUAAAUAAGCAAGAAUUCUUGCAAGAAUUAAAAUACCGAGUAGAAAAAGAAGAAAUCAGCGAAGAUGAAAUAAUUAUUUUGAUGCACAGCUAUGAACUAGCGGCCAAGGAUAAAGAACGAGAAAAAGAAGCUGAAGCUUGGGAAAAUUUGGAGGAUGAUAAUUACAACUGCUUAAUUGAACCAUUUGUUGGUGGUGGAGCAGUUUUUUUAAGUAUUAAACCUAGCAAGUUAAUAAUCAACGACAUUAAUCAAGAACUUAUUAUUUCUUACCGAGUAAUUAAAGAAAAUCCCCAAGAACUAAUUAAAUUAUUAACUGAAUACGAAAAAAAACACAGCCAAGAGUUCUACCAGCAAUUAAAAAAACAAGUACCGAAGGACUUAACUAGCCUAGAAAUCACUGCCCGCUUUAUCUAUUUAAACAAAACUGGACAAAAAGAGAAAGUAAAAUUAUUUGAUAAAGAAAAUAUUUUAGCCAUUAGUGAAUACUUAAACAAGAAUGAAGUUCAAAUUUUAGACCAAAACUAUCAACAAUUAUUGCCCUUAAUUAAAGAAAAUGAUUUCUUAUUUGUGGAUCCACCCUAUGAUAGCGAAAAUGGCAAUGGCUUCACUUCUUACACCGCUAAUAAGUUUACGCGGGAAAACCAAAAAGAGUUAUUUAGUUUCUUAAAAAAAGUAGAAAAACAAGGAGCGAAAUGGUUAUUAACUAAUCAUGCUACUGACUUUAUUAAGGAUUUAUACCAAGAUUACCCACAAUUUACUAAAAAAGCCCAAAGAUUUAUCAAUUGCCAAGGUGAUAAAAGAGUUAGUGGAGCUCAAGAAAUAUUUAUUAGUAAUUAUCCUUUGAAUGAAGAACAAAAAAAAGACUUAAAAUCACUGGGAGAAGCUCCCCAAGAAGCCAGCCAAAAUAUUUCUGCUCCGGAAUUAGCUCCCCAAGAUAAGCGUUUUACUGGACGCACGAAAAAAAUUGGUUUUACUUGCUACCCUGAAUUUUACCAAAACUUACGGCAAUUAGCUUUUAAAGAAAACUGCAAACAAAUUGAAAUUUUAGAAAAAGCCUUAGAGGAAUAUAAGAGAAAUAAAAGCGUAUAG